AUGACUACCCUGCAAGCCAUUCAAUCCGCAAACGAUCUUCUGCGACCGUUGGCUAACCUGGGUUUUCUUUCGCAGGCUGGAGUGGAGCACCUUACAGAGUGUCCCGGAGACUUGAUGUUCAACGCCAUGGUUGAACAAUGUGAUCUGCCGGAGAACACCAAAUGUGAACCUGCGCCCACCUGCUCCUGUGACAACUGCCGGUACCCUUCGUCUGAAAUGUGCUCUGCUUACUGGCAGUGUGAGGGUGGCCAAGCAGUGCAACACUUCUGCAGUAGCGGCCUUCUCUUCAACCGUGACACCUCACAGUGCGAUCUGGCCAUCAAUGUAGAUUGCAGCGAAGGGGCCUGGGAGGAAGGUGCUUUCCUGGAAACGGCCUGCGUUGACCGACGCUUGGACUGUCCAAAGUUUGUUAAGGAUGGAGGGUGCCAGUGCAGUGGGAGUAACUGUGACUGGCAGUCAUUUGUUCUUAGGAACUGUCCAAAGUCCUGCGGCAACUGCAAAGAAAACCAAAUUAUUAGCAAGAGGACAUUUGCCUUGGAAGAAAAAGGACCUAGAAGAAAACAUGGAAGCAAAGAGUCCGGAAGCAAAGAGUCAGGAAGCAAAGAAUCCGGAAGCAAAGAGUCAGGAAGCAAAGAGUCAGGAAGCAAAGAAUCCGGAAGCAAAGAGUCAGGAAGCAAAGAGUCAGGAAGCAAAGAAAGCCACAAACCAGGCCACAGCCAUGAAUCAGGAAGCCACAGUCAUGAAUGUGGUGGUAAUGGUGGGUCUGGUAACGGAGGUGGAGGUGGAGACGGCGGAAACGGAGGUGGUGACGGAGACGGCGGAAACGGAGGUGGAGGUGGAGACGGCGGAAACGGAGGUGGCGGUGGAGACGGCGGUAAUGGAGGAAAUGUGGAAGCAUCGACGGCUGCGUUCAUUGAUUGCUCCCUCGGAAAGUAUCUGCCACAUCCAAGUGACUGCCGCAAGUUCAUCCAGUGUGCCCCGUAUGGUCCUGAAGAGAUGCCUUGUGCUCCUGGAACGGUCUGGAACCAACAGAAACUCCACUGUGAUCACGAAUGGGCUUCUCCGUGUGUGACAGGCAGCUACUUGACUCCAGAAGGUCUGCCAUGUGGAGGAGGUAGUGGUGGAAAUGGAGGUGGAGGUGGAGACGGCGGAAACGGAGGUGGAGACGGCGGAAACGGAGGUGGAGGUGGAGACGGUGGAAACGGAGGUGGUGGUGGAGACGGCGGAAACGGAGGUGGCGGUGGAGACGGCGGUAAUGGAGGAAAUGGUGGAAGCAUCGACGGCUGCGUCAUUGAUUGCUCCCUCGGAAAGUAUCUGCCACAUCCAAGUGACUGCCGCAAUUUCAUCCAGUGUGCCCCGUAUGGUCCUGAAGAGAUGCCUUGUGCUCCUGGAACGGUCUGGAACCAACAGAAACUCACCUGUGAUCACGAUGGCUUCUCCGUGUGUGACAGGCAGCUACUUGACUCCAGAAGGUCUGCCAUGUGGAGGAGGUAGUGGUGGAAAUGG